AUGGAGGCCAAGAUGCAGUUCAGGGACAAGAAUGAGCUCGUCAAGGCUCUCUCGGACCUUAAGGAGGAGCCAAUAUACGUAGGCACGUUGCCAGUUCUGUCUUCACUUGCAGCAAAAUAUACGCCUCCCCAGCAAGAGCAGCCGAGGCGAAGUCUGAAGCGCCUUCGACAGCAGCUGAACGUUCGACCCAACUCCAACGACCCUAGCGAAAGUGCUCAGGCCACCAAAACUCUCGGAGUUGUAUAUGCAUAUGUCGACGAGUCCCCAGAAUGCACGGAGCUGUUAAAUAUCUGGGAAUGGCAGCAACAACACGAUGUCCGCAAGAUCGAAGCCUUGCUUGUCGAGGUCCUUUCCAAACUCAUUCACCAGCUCAAUACAGCCCUUCACCGGACGCAUGCCAUCAAGCUGACCAGAUCGAUCUUGCAAAACCAGAGCCGUAUGACAACCAUCUAUAAAUAUCUAUCAUCUGGUCGCCAAAUCACGAUUCAGGCUACUCUUCGGCUCUUGACCGCCAUGAAUCACGUUCAUCAUUCAACAACCAGGGAACUCAAGGACGGAUUCAAUUUUGGGCUGAAGGUUCUAUCUAAACUUAAAAAUCAACGGCGAAAGGAAGGCGAGGAGGCAACGAACAAAGCUGAUACAAGGACGCUUUAUAUUCAGUUCCUAUUGGCAUUCUUCAUUCGGGGCGACGCGGCUGUCAAGAAGGAAGUUUUAGAAAUGCCGGACCUGUUCCAGUCAGCACUUAAGGAUCUACAUAACGACUCGUUUCCGCUCAUCAAGCAGGUUCUUGAAGUUCUUAUUAAUAACAUUGUCAUGGACAAUGACCUUUCCAGGAGCGUCAAGAUCAGCUUUUUCAACACGUCGUUUUUGGUGAACCAAUUGAGGCUGUACACAAGGACAGAACCGGUGCCGAACUCAGAUCAGACAGCCGCACAACUGGUACAUAGUUAUAUGAUGGCGCUUUGCACAACCCCCGGCGUCGGCGUUUGUUUUCAGGAUGCCGCAUGGUACCCUCCCAGCACUCUGAAGUCAACAGCAUUCGAUGAGAGAAUAUCAGAGGAGGGCACGAAACACAUUUUCAACAAGACGCUCUCACAGCUCCUCAACCACCUUCGCCCAACUGAGAACAACUUGCAGCAGGAGUUGACAGUUUCGAUCCUAACAGCUUGUCCAGAGCUAGUUCGAUUGUUCUGGCAAAAGACGAGCGUACAAAUGGAACCAAGAUUGUCUGCAAGGUGGCUAGCGAACAUGACCCUACUUCACAAGAUCACAGAGAUCCCCGUACCCAACCUAUAUCUCCAGCACACAGGACUCUUUGCAUCACACCCACCGCCGGUAUCGACCAUCAUCGAGAAUAUUCUUCCAAGUGCAAUCAACAGGACAAUUCUCAGCAAGGGUUUGCAGCACUCAAGUAUGCUUGUCCGAUACUUCACCAUUGUCGAGCUGGCUGCAGCUUUUCAGAAAAUGGAGCAAACAAUCGCCGUCAUGCAGUCUGCAGUAAAGUCCCUUGCAACAGAUGAGGAGGUGCCAGCGACAAGCGACUCCAUGGAUAUUAGCGAGGCACUCGCAGGCGCAAACGCAUCGGAUCCGCCGGCACAGCAGUGGGCAGGCGCUAUCACGUUACUCUUGGCAGAACUUCGCCGUCGUGUGCCGGACAUCCAGAUCAUUAUCUCGCUCCACAAUGGAAUUCAGUCGACAACACUGAGCGAAAUAGAGGGCGAUGAAAAGACUCGACUUGACCUCUUCAACAAUGGAGUGCUCCGCCUAAUCAAGUACUACCAACAAUUUCUGCCGCAGGCCGUGAGCGAGUCCAAGUUUGAUAUCGGAAAACUCAUCCCUUCCGACUUUUCAGCAGUGCAGGCUGGAACGCUGAUUCAUUUGCUGGAGCUCCUUCUGGAAUUAGCCGAUUUCCGAUGGUCCAACAAAUCUUCCGAUGGUUCCUCCUCUCAUCUCUCGAAACUACUCAUCCUAUUUCUCACCAACGCCCACCCUCAAAUUAGAACUCUUACAAGGCGCCUGGUUUCCAAACUUCUCGGCGAAUCGAUUCUGUUCCACCACAACCCCUCAGAGGCCAACCUUUGGAUAGAGGCUAUCCCUAUUUCCAAUUACGGCCGGUCAAACCUCGCAGCAGAUCAGACGGCCUUCUUACAGUUCUUCGACGACUGCGUUGCUCGAUGCUUAAGGACGCCCUACAAAUACGUCGAUCAGUCCUCCGCCAUCUUGAAAUCCCUGCAAGGUUCGACAGCCGUCGGUCCUGAUGAAACAGACCGGAUCACAUGGAGCCUUGCAAUCUCUCCGUACCAAGAUUUCACUCAAUCUUUCAGUCCUUUAUUGAUGACCGUUCUCGAACAGUUCCAGCAUGUCUACGCCAAGGACGCCUCAAAGGAUGCAGCUCGAUCCAUCGCAGGAUUCCUUCACCGUCUUCUACCAGCAUUGGUUCUCAGCCAGAAUCGGACGCCAGCCUAUGCCGUCAAAUGCUUAGAGAAGAUCCAGGAGCCAUCAAGGCAAGAACUUGAAAAGGCACUGAUGAUGAGUACGCGGAAACGGAGACAGAUUUCUCAACUCGGCGUCGUUGAGUACCUUACUAUGGCACUCGAGUCCUUGCGGGGUGGAACCCAUCGGAAGUUGAGCAACGGCAUGGAGGCCGAAAAACUGGCAGACCGCCUUUGGCUGCAGCGACUGUCAGCAGAUGACCACUCGAUAUUUGUAGCCGAACUGCAUGAACAGAACGCAGCAAGCGUUUCCAUCCAUUUCAGGCAAUUUGUGGAGUACACAAUGAAGAGCAUCGAGUUGACGGAGUGCCUCAUCGAUUAUGUUCGGACAAGAUACCCUUUUGCUGGCUCGAUAUACAGCUUUCCCGAUGUAUCCGCUUUCAUGGGCGACACGAAGCAGCAGGAUCAUCUUGCGCAGGAUCCCGUUUAUGGAAUGUUGCUCAAGCUGGGUUUCACAUCCUUAUUCGACAAUGUUAGCUCAUCGGUAGUAUCGGAUCCAUUCGUUCUGAGUCUUUUAACGCAAGCAGCAAAGGAGGCGGAGCCUAGAAACUAUACUCUCUUUGCAAACUUCAUCAUUCGUCGACUGGCUUGGUGGGUGAAGUCGGGUGAUGCAGGAGAAGCCUCAAUCAGCGCAUGUUUUGCCUUGCUGACUUGUCUUCUGGAAUCGAAUCAUUCGCGUGAAAUUGACUUCGGAGGAUUCAAGGAUCGUCUCUGGGAGCAAUUUAUCCUACGUGAGCUGUAUCUUUAUCAGUUCCAGGACAGCGAAGCAAAGCCCAAAUACAUGGACACGAUGGACUCACUAAUUGCGGAUCUUCUCGUCGCGAGCACGAAACCGGGAAUUGCUAUCACCGCCAGUAAAACUAACGUUGCCAGCCAGGCCACAGCCAGCCCGUUCGUCCGCAAGACUGUGGAGAGAGUCGUGUAUGAGCUUGAGACCAUGAAAAAGACUAGCAGAGGAGGCUUACACUCUAAGACCGUCAAGCUGUUCACGAAGCUGGCGUUCAUGUGCCAUGCCUCAGACCUGUCGAUGCUUCUGCAGUCGCUUCUUAGUCUGCAUAAGCAGGCGGCUUUUUCAACAACGGCCUCAUUCAAUGCGCUACUUUCCGCAAUCUUGAAACAGCUGACACAACAAGGAGGUUCGGCCUCAGCAAUUCCUGUGGAGUCAACAGCCGCACUACUGGAUCUUUGGAAGGAGCAACCGUCGGAUGAGCUGGACGCUAUUGUGCUGGAAGUGAUCUGCGGUCGUCUGUGGCUAAACGCCAUGGCCAGAACGCUUCAUCCAGUGGACCUUUCAACACCAGGCAUCUUUGAUCAAGCGGCUAUCUCUUUGCAUCGCUCCACACUGGAAUCUCUGGAUGAUUCCCUUGUUGAUUUCAUUUUAAACAACUCUAAUCCUCAGCGCAAUCUGAUCUUGGCAGCUCUAAUGACAUCGUCUGGCGUCUUCCGUCAACGGUUUGCGGAGGCUACCAUGGUCAUUGCUACGAAGGAGUCGGGAGCCUAUCUGAAUGACGCUGGUUACUUUACUCUGCUGCAUGCAUACUUGAACAGAGUGUCCUUCCCAGCGAGAGGACAUUAUGAAUGGUCGGCUUCUGCAUCUGAACAAGACCGUGCGUCUGUGAAGGCACUGCGACCCAUCAUGCUCCCAAGGCUUGUUCGAUUCAUCGCCACCACUCCUUCCAGUUCUCGCGAGUCUGUCAUAGUGGCUCAAUCAGCCGCCAUCUUCAUUUCUUUGACAACCGAGGCGAAAGACGAGGACGAGACAGCAUCUGUUUGGACGCUGAUUGAAAGCAUUUCCCGCCUCGGAAUGGACAGCAUCAUCCUUUUGAACGCGUUGCUCGAUAUCACCAAGGACCAAGGUGGCGAACAAGAAUAUUUGGAGAGACAGGACAGAGUUGCGGGGUGGUUUGAAGAAGCAGCCCGCCAGCUGAUAGUCGUUUUGGACAAGCAUGGAGAUGCCGAAUGGCUGGAGCCUAUCUGCGAUCGACUUUACGACUUGCUUGAGGAACAUGUUGUUCAACGAACACGGAGCAUCGAUCAAAAGGUCCUAUUUGAGCUCGUGUCAUUCGCGAUCGAAAAGGCACUCGACAACGUGGAGCUGAUCCGGUUCGCGGCCUGUUUGGCAAAGUACUACUAUGUAGAGACCACACAGAGCUCUGUCCUCUCCCAGAUCCUGCAGACGCUGUUCAAGCACCGACAGUUCUCGUCCUUAACCAUGGCUACUGCGCCCACAACUAAGCCUCCCGUGGCCGAAAAUUUAAAGAGUCGUUUGGCGAUCGUCCAGUUGAUCUAUACCCUCACCUGUCUCGAACCUGCGACAUGUUGCAAGGCUGGAUUUCUCCCGGCACUUCUGGCAUCGUACUCGGCAUCAACUUCUGCUGCAGACCAACUUGUUCUCUCCGUACUGAGAAUAACGGAGGCUCAAACGGCGGGAUCAAUCUCAAAUCGCGCUCCACUCUGGGGAUCAGCAGCCGAGAACACAAGGGCCUCGAGCGCACUCUUCGGACAGGCGAUGAUCAAUGAGAGCAUCGAUUUGAUUGACCCGAACGUAAUGAUGAUCUCUGUCAUCCAGUUCCCCUUUGACCGUGCGCUGGAGUGCUCUGCGCCUUCGGUGACGAAGAGAGAUUAUCAAGAGGAAGCACUACAGCAGCGACAGACCCCGAUUUACGAUCCGUGCUUUAUGCUUCCUCUUUUCGGGACCUACAUGGCUUUCGGGAAUCUGAUGGAUUGCCGUCGUUUGAUCGAGUCUAAUGGCCUGGGUAUGAUCGUCGUGGCCUUGUCAUCAAUUGACGACAACAUGCGCCUUGCUGCGUAUUCAUUGUUGGACGACUUCUACAUCAUUCUGUCGAAUACGACGAUGCGGGAAAAGAAUCAACUGCUGCUGCUGCUAGACUCUCUCAAGAACUCGAUUGUGGACCGUGAGGAUAUGGUCUCAACUCCUAGAAUCCCAGCGGUGAUCACUACAUUUGUCGCGCAUGCUCUGUCCUACUUAUUGAAACCCGACCAUUUUAUGUACCCACAUGUGAACAAGUUCUGCCUCCAGCGCCCGACAAUCGAUCUGGAGGACAUUCCAAUGUUCUACAGCAUGUUCAACUCUUCCUCAGAGCAACAUCGCAAAGAGCGCGUCUGGAUGCUCAGGUUACUGGCCACGUCGCUCAAGAUUGCAGACGACUACAGGUUGUUUAAGCGUCGUCAUGUUGUCGACCUUUUGAUGGCGUUCUUCAACUCGCAACUGAGUGAGCCCCUGUCUAGGAAAAUUGUCAUUGAGAUCCUGUUCAACGCGACAUCGAUUCCCAAGGUCUCGCUGCAGCUGAUCACUCAAAGCGCCUUCCUAAGUUGGCUCCACACUUUGGCAGUCCUCAGUGGUAUGAGCUAUGAAAAUGAGUUCUCUCUGGUUCCCGCGAGGCUUUUACUUCGCGUCAUCCGGUCCUGCCCAAAGGAGAGCAUUCGGUGGAUGAAUGAUAUUUGGAAGAACCAGGUCGCUGGCAUUUCCGCCACUAUGCUCCGUCAGCUGAAUACCAUCAAAGUUACAACCACAAACCUCCCAUGGGCCUUGACGUGCCUAGAGUCUAUUCUCGAGGUAUUCGCAUUCUUGGAGUCAGUCAGUGUUCCUGAUACUCGAACCCAGACCGAGGAUGCGAGCAUCAAAAAGAGCCAACUCUUCACCGCGUCUCACGCACAACUACUCCUGCAGUUCAUGGCGACCUGCGAGCAAGUCAUGGUCAUUUCUGCAGACCACUGCCCUGUCAAGGUGCCUUCCGCACCGUCUUUUGAGAAAUGCAUGCCCAAAAGAUCUGACCCGUUGGAAACAUUGUACGCCAUCGACCCCGUACCUGUCCAUAGUCAUAGCAGGGCUGUAUGUCUAGCUUUCACGUUGAUGGCAAAGCAUCCCGACAUAACUGCUGAUCAGAAGGAAGCCGUUCUCUCGAGGGCGCUUUGCUAUCGGAUCGAAGAAGCCAUCGAACUGGCACGUAUGCGGGACAUCUCGAAAUAA